AUGGAGACCAUCACCAACGCUGCCUCCACGGUUACGUCAACUGUCUCAAGCCUCAUCUACGGCCAGCCCGCCAAGGAAAACGAGACUGGCGGUAAGGAGCCUGUCUCGGGCGAGCAAGGAAAAGGCACUAUCAACGAGCCAUUCGACCAGGGCAACUCAGAAAACCCCGUGAACACGGCCUCAAGUACGAACACAGCAGCUGCAACGUCCAGCGAUUCGUCAAACAAGAACGAUGACUUCCUCAAGCUCAACCCUACCCUGGGCCAGCCUACCACCAGCGACUCUUCUUCAGACAUAAAGACCAGCACUACUGGCGACACUUCCAUCCCCAUAGUCCCUCUGAACCCAGACGUAGCAACCUCCAGCACUGGCCAGGGAAACACAACCACCUCAACAGGCAUCACGGACAAGGCAGGCGUCUCUGACAAGGUCUGGAAGCCCACGGACAUCGAUGAGGUCAAGCCUUCCGGCGCUCCUGGAGCUGGGCCCGAUGCUCCCGACUACAAGGUCGCCACCCCUGAUCUAUCUUCGACCACGUCCAGCAAACCUACCGAGCACAGUGACAGCGUCAUUGCGGCCAAGGACAGCAACGCACCCAAGAAGCAGUCCGGUGUGGAGACGUCGCACUCCGAUAGUGCUCACGUGCAGCCACCUGUUGGCGGUCCCAUUGAAGAGAUUCUCAACAAGGGCACUUCUUCUAAGGAUGAGCACACCGUGCCAGAGAGUGAGGUCAACGAUCCUCACUCCAAGAUGAACGACAAGACUACGCGCUCCACCCACCCCCACAAAACCGAUGUUGGCGAGAUUGAGAGCCAUCCCGCCGAGACUUCCAGCCGCGCCUCCGAGUCCAGCAAGCCAACCGAACCCGCAUCGCCGAAAGCCGGUGACGAGAAGAGCGAGAAGAAGAUAUCGCAGCUCAAGGACAAGCUCAAGAACAAGCUCCACAUCGGCAGCAAGGACAAAUAGGCGGCUCUCGUGAGCACCAUGGAGAGCAUAAGACGAUGGUGAUGCAGAUAUGAUACCACGGCGUAGUCGGACCAAGCGUUUGACAAUGUAAUUAUGUAGUUCGGAAUCUACAAUUUGAUG